AUGCUUAUUCGAAAGUUUGGAUCUGACUACCUCAACUUUUAUCAAACGUCGCCAGAUGGAAAAUGGAACUUAGAGCGAAAUUACAAACUACCAACAAUAGAUGCCACUUGUGUCUCAUGGUCACCAAACGGUCAAUGGCUUGUCGUUCAAGAUGUUACUUUAAAUCCCGUUAUUCAUAUAUUUUCAUACCCUGGAAUUUUCCUAUAUAGUCACAAGAUGGAAGAAGAUUUGCAAUUGGGUUUCUCAAAAAUUCAAUGGAGUCCCGAUUCUUCUCUGCUAGCUUUAUGUAGCUUACAAAACUCUACCAUUCAUGUGUUGGAUACCCAAACAUUUAACCUUACUUUUCAAUUACAGCAUAACCUUGAGCAGCCCUUUGCGACGAAUUGCUGGCAAGAAGUCUUUUCUUCAGAUUACAAGCUGACUUACCAGCGCGCUCCAUGGCCGACUGCAAUGAAACCUUCAAAUAGGCAUGAACGUUGUGAAGUUUUUUUCAAUAAUGAUAAUUCCUUUGCAGCCUCUUACACACUCCAACAAAAGAAUCUUGUGUGGAUUUGGAAUCUAGGGUCUCAAUGCUUGGAUACCAUACUCGUACAGCAGCGACCCAUUCAGCUUCUCUCUUGGCAUCCUACCUAUCCACAUUGUCUAAUGAUUCAGACGAAAUCUGCAAAACCUAAAACCGGCCAGGAAAAUCAGUCCAUUCUCAACUCUUCAAUUUAUUUUUGGUCUUACGAGUGGAAUGAACCUCGAGUAAUUUCAAUCCCUAAAUCAGACUUCAGAGUGUGCAGAGCUCAGUGGCUUCAGGCUGCUCAUCAUCUUCACUCGUCCACGGUGUUAAUAUCUGGAGAAGAUGCUUAUAUAAUUGCAUAUUUAUUGGAAAGCGAAGAGGAUAUGUCUUCUCAAUUUAUGCUCUCUCAAGGAUCUCUUAAUGAGGAACUAGAAACAACGCAAACAAUUCACAUACCUGCCAAUUGA